UCGAAAGUGAUCCAUAUAACGGCCAAUUACGGCGGGUCAAACCAAAUUUACAUCUAUGCCAUCAUCUCCCAAAUUCUUUCAUUCCCAAAUUACAGCUAUGCUUUAAUUUUCUCCACCGGAUGUGGUAACCGUUGUCUCUCCGACCUAAGAACCGUCCGGGUUCUUUGGGACCGACCCGAGAUUGUGGAUAACGGGGAAGAUGUUGAUAAUGGGAUCAAAAGACAUAAAGUUAUGGGCUUUGUUGGGGUCCAAACCGGGUUCCGUUCAGCCGGUCGGAGGAAGACUUGGCUUCCUUCUGAUCGUCAAGGCCUUCAACGGUUGGAAGAAUCAACAGGAUUAGCUUUUAGGUUUAUAAUUGGUAGAACAAAUGAUAAAUCAAAGAUGGAAGAGCUGGGAAAAGAAGUAGCAGAAUAUGAUGAUUUCAUUUUGUUAGAUAUUGAGGAAGGAUACAGUAAACUUCCAUACAAAACGUUAGCAUUCUUUAAAGCUGCCUAUGCACUCUAUGAUUCCGACUUCUAUAUCAAAGCUGAUGAAGACAUUUAUUUGAGGCCAGAUCGGCUAUCACUUCUAAUAGCAAAACAACGUUCUCACCCGCAUAGUUACAUCGGAUGCAUGAGAAAGGGUCCGGUAUUUACCAAUCCUAAGCUGAAAUGGUAUGAGCCACAAUCCCGUCUUCUAGGCUCGGGGUACUUUCUUUAUGCCUAUGGUCCUAUAUAUGCUCUUUCUGCUGAUAUUGUUGCAAGUUUGGUUACUCUGCGGAACAACAGUUUUCGGAUGUUUAGCAAUGAAGAUGUUAAGAUUGGUGCAUGGAUGCUUGCAAUGAAUGUCAACCAGGAGCAUAACCGAAAUUUGACUGAGACAUCAUGUUCAUCAACAUCAAUAGCUGUCUGGGAUAUCCCCAAAUGUUCAGGUCUAUGUAAUCCGGAGGCACAGCUAUUGGAACUCCAUCAGCAAGAAAUCUGCUCAAAUAGUUCGAUUUUUCCAUCGGACGAUAAAUUGCUUUCCUUGGUCUAAAUCGAAACGGAUUUUUCUGAUCUGGACGAGGCGUAUAGGAGAACUGCCUACUCUGCUAAGUUGAUCUUGCUGCCAUGGUACACAUCUUAACUUCCCUCCUUCAAUUAUACCAAGCCAGUUUUGUCUUCUACAAAAGGUUUUAGUAACAUACAAAUCUUUCUUUUUACUGACGAUGUAAGUUGCCGGAACAGUUCUACAUUACAAUUCUUUUUACCAUUUUUAAAGGUUAACACGAGAAUCCAAUCCACAUGGUUCCGUUGCCUAUUGUAAAAUGUGCUGUGCUACAAAUUGUGAUUGAA